AUGGGCACUUCCAACGCGACAGUCGCCGGUGCCGUCGUCGGCGUUCUGGCCAGUCUCAUCAUCGUUCUCUCAGCCAUCAUCGUAUGGUAUCGUUGGCCGCAUCUUCUUCCCAAACGCCUCCCUGCGGCAGUCUCCCGCAUACUGCCGCUGUCAACGAGGGCCAGCAAGACACACGAUGACUUUCUCCCCACCCAUGGCCAGCACUCCCUCAGCACCGGCACCUCGCGCGUAUCGUCGUUCGGCCCAGAGAAAUAUGGCACAGUGGGCAGCCGUGACAGCUCUCCACCAUCUGAAGGCGAUUUCAACGCCUCGUCGCGCACGACUCCAAGUAUUCCGGACGCGCCCCCGCAAACGGUAUCGUACGGCUCGCCCCCACGCGCAGGCGGCGUCGCUCUCCCGCUGCCCCCGCUGGCGCCAAACCGCCGCCCGCCCUCCGUUCGCGGCGUCCCCCGCCUCGAGCCGAACCGACGCAAGCCCUCCGCCGGCAGCGUCGACCUCUUGAACACCAUUAUUUCCCCCGUCCCCGCCUCGGCUUCGAAACGGGACCUGCCUCCGGUGCCCAAGCUCGACCUCACCGCGGAGAUCGACCCGACACCGGGCACCAGCCUCGCGCGCGCGCUGACGCUGCCGCCGCCCGCGCUCCCCACGCUCGUCGUCCCGCGCCCCGUGCGGCACUCGCGCAUGUCCGCGAUCACCGCAUCGACUGCGCUGGGCGAUAUGCCGCUCCUCCACCACUCCCCCUCCGCGCGCGCACGGACGUCUCUCCCGAGCGGAAGCUCUCACGGACACGCGCCCGACCGCGGCGACUUCGACGUCCACGCCCACCGCGCGCUUGCCCUCGCACGGCUCGACACCGUCGUCCCGCCGCGUCCCCCACGGGCGCCAGAACGCUCGCCGUCCGCGGCGUCGACGCGCUCGACCUCGACGUGCACAACGACGACGGCCACCACCAACGGCCGCGCGUCCGCGCGCGCCUCCAAGCGCGCCAGCACCGCGUCCUCCAUCGUCCGCAAGCCCGUCCCCGCGCUCGACCCCGCGGACGAAGUCGAGCCGACGCCGACGCGGCCCCCACUGCCCCUCCCCCCGCACGCGUACGGGAUCCCGGCCUCGUUCCCGCGGAGCCCGAACCCGAGCGUGUACCCGGGCUCGCCGGGCACGGACCUCGACGGGGCGAGCGUCGCCGAGUUCGCGCGGCGGUUCUCAGAGGCGAGCAUCGCGUGGGGCGGCGCGCGCGCGCUCGACUCGCCCGUGCCGUCGUCGGCGACGAGCCAGAUGUACCGCGUCCGCGACUCGGCGUGGUCCGAGUGGGCGAGCGCGAUCCCGACCGGGGGCUCUGGGGGCGGGCCGCCGGGGAGCCCGUGGGGGGACCGGCGCGCGAGCGAGAACACGGGCGGGUCGCGGAGCACGCGGCAGAGUCAGACGAGCUACUUGAGCGGGCGGGGCGGGGGCGGGGGCGGGGGCGGGUUUGGGGAGAUGGUGAAGCCGAUGCGGACUGUGAUCCCGGACGUGCCGCCGUUGCCGAGGGAGUACUUACAGUAG